GGAUCUCAGCAGGAAUACAAAUCUGAAACGGUUUGCCCAACAAGAUGCAUCAAACAGCCGUUGCUUCCGUGUAGCACGAGUAGGCAACCGACCGUUCCCGUGCCCUUAUUUUAUUCCAGCCUUAUCCAAAUUGAGGCAAGUGAGAAAAAGCAAAAAAUGACAUCAGGAAAAAUCCCCCAAGAAGAAGACAGGGAAAAGCAAAGAGGAAGGCAUGCAAGUAAGCAAAGACACAUACGUUAACAGCCACUAAGAAUAGUGGAGCUGAAAGGAAACCUGGGGGAUCUGGGCGAGGUGAGUGAGACCCAUGACGAUAUGGCCCCCCCCCCGGGUUUAGUUACUCAGUACCGGUAGUUAUGUGACGAUGUCAUGUCCCUUGAGCUUGACAAGGGGAAAACGUCACCGGCACUGACAGCGAAGCAUACCAUCGGAUGCGGACACAUACUCACACAAGGUCUUUUUGAUCUGGUCACAGUUGAUCUGGGUGUCUCCCUCUCUGCAAUCAAGGCUAAGACAAAGGGGAAUGAAAGCCACCGUGUGGGUGGCUGCAGUCCCUUCCUUUCCUUCUUGAUGUGCAGUGCACGCAGUAUAAGGUACCUUACCUGCCAAGGAUUCAAGUGGAAGGACAGGAACAUUCCGUGGCAUGUAUGUAUUGUGGGUGUGCGUGUGUGCCUGAACGCCCGGGGAGUUUUCUGCGCGGGAACACGCGUGUGAUGAGCCGACCGACCCUGUUCCCGUCCGCGCGGUUCGUGCAGGGGGACGAUCUGCUGGGUGACUUGGCAGACUCCAGAAAAAAACCCACCUUUGGGGAAAGGGAAAUUACUAACUAUGU